AUGUCGACCGGAGGUGUGGUCUACAAGGACCUCUUGCCUAUCCCGGAUACAGAUCCUACAGAACAUGAGGGGAAGUCUACCACGCUACGGAAUGCGCCUACGGAGAGCCAUGCGCUAGCUCUAGAGGCUGCUAAGUCAGCGCCUCCGGAAGAGAAGGGUGCAGCGCAGAUAGCUCACGGAGAUGAAGUGGUGGACCUUGGAUGGAAUGAGCCCAAGGAACUCGUCGCGAAGCCGCUCGUCGGAGGUCUGGGUAACGAGGACUUGUGGCUGUUGGUCCGACGUUUCAAUAAGCAAAUGUACCAUGUUAAAGAGAUUCCAACAGCGCCUCCUGGGGGCUUGGACAUGAACAUCGCGGAUGAGGAAGAGUUCUCGCCAGACAAGCUUCGCGCCAAUAUCGAACGCUUGUAUAUGACUAUAGGCAUCGGUCUAAUCGGAUUCGGCAAGCACAUCGUUCGCAUCCGCUCAUGGAGAGAGACGCGUCGCACUGCAUGGUUCUGCUCCGCAUACUUUGCCGCCUGGAUUUUCGACAUGAUCGUGCCCUUGAUAACGGUGACUUUGGUUACGCUCAUUGUCUACCCCCCGGCUCGCGGUGCCAUGUUCCCACCAGCACCUAUCGCUCUUGUCAGCUCUACGGGAGGUGUUCAGAAGCCAAAGUCUGGAACCCUAGGCAGUACAGACAGUGCUACUGGAGCACCUGAAAAUCACAAGGGUGAGGCUGUUGAGCAAGAGGCUUCCAAUUUCGUCAACGGCUUUGCGUCGAUAGCGCUAUCGAGCGCGACUGGCAAGCACCCACAGGGAGAGCCUCCAGAUGAAGACUCUCCUGAUAGUAGUGUACCGGACCCUACUAGGCUCGCCAUCGGUGCUGCGGAUGCAAGGGAUCAGGCUGCUGGCGCCAAGCCCAGCAAGCACCACGACAAGACUAAAGUUCCCAUGGAGACUGCCAUGUGGACGAAGAUGAGGCCUAUUAUGCACGGUAUCGCAGAUGUCACAGACACAUGGGAGCGGUUCGCGAAUAUGCUUGAACCAACUCCCCCAUUCCCAAAGAACAGGUCUCAUCUUCGACUCGCAGUCGUAGUGGCACCGCUCGUUCUUGUGUCACUAUUUGUAACAUCGUACAUGUUCAUGAAGGGUGUCACUUUUGGUGCUGGCUUCGGCUUCUUUGGUGACCCUGUCAUACAGCGAGGACUAGCGCUUCUUGACAAGAAGUUUCCUAACUGGCAAAAGCUGCUCGAGCUCCGUAAUACGCUACUCAAGGGUGUACCUACCAACGCCCAACUCACCGUUACUCUUCUCAGAAUUGGCGAAGCGAAUAAAGCGCCACUGCCACCGCCGCCUCAUGUAGCGCAAGCACCAGAAGAGAAGCCCGUCGAUAUCAACGAGGAAGAGUUGCGCGCCACAGGUGCCGACUGGCCACUGAACGCAACACAAGAAGAACUCGAUGAAGCUAUGGCCCACGACCCUACUACUGCGCACGAAACCGGCGGCGAAGAUAUCGACCAAGCCAAAGACAGCAAGCAUGGCAAGAAGGGAACUAAGAUUCUCAACUUCUUCCGCGGCACUGUCAAGGGCGGCGUCGAGACCACCAUGACAGCUGACAAAGUCAAAGCUGCCGCCGGCUCCACCCAUGCCAAGAACAGGCUGGGUGCUGUACCACGCAGGGGAGUUGAUCUCACAUCCGGUCCGGUCGAAUUCAAAGCCCGACAUGAUGGCAAGAAAGGACAUGUGUACAUCGCUACCAAGUCCACGAUUCCAUCUAUCGCCUUUUCCACAGACAAGACUAUCGAGAAGAUUGGUAGCGCAGAUAGAGAGGAUCUGCAUCCGUCCUGGAGUUUACCUGUUGGAGAAAUCAUGGAGAUGAAGAAGGUCGGUGGCUUUGGCUGGAAGGCGAAGUUGGUUGUUGGAUGGGCUAUGGGACGCGAGGUCGCUGAUGGAUUGAUCAUUACUGACAGGCAGCUCAACGAAUACCGCAUAAUGGCGCUUCCAUUGAGAGACGAGUUGUUCAAUCGGCUUGUGGCUAUGGGUGGUCAGAAGUGGGAGUGUUGGUAG